AUGACUUUCUUCAAGUACCUUGUCGCCUCGACCGCGCUCUUCAAUGUCGCGCUUUCGAGCACUUAUUACUCGGCUGCGCCCCCGUGCGUCACGUCUGUGGAGACUGUGACUCACACUUCGAUCGAGUUGACCUCUAACUCUUUUUGCAAGACGGUCACUACGGUGGUUACUCCCACGGUCACGGUCACUCUGCAGUCUCCCGGUGGUACUGAGGGCGCGUCCACGGCAGUGUCCUCUGCUGCCGACACGACUGAUGUUGCCCCGACUACUUCGAUCGGCUCCGUGUCCUCGACUUCGACCUCUGAUUCCGGAAACAUGACCAUCUACCCCAUUGGACCGCCUACCCCUGUGGAGCCCUCUGUGCCUAUGACUUCCAAGAUUCAAGUUAGCAUGAUCGUUCCCACGUCGCACUUUCACAUUAUCACUGCCAAUGGCACCGCCAACUCGACUGGCUUCCCAUCGACGAUCGUCAGCCCGACCAUGUCAGUGCCUUACCCCUUGAACUCUACGACUGCAGCCCCGGCCACUAGCACCGGCGUCGCUAGCGCCAGUGAGUCUGCCAGUGCUUCCUACACUGUACCUCCCGAGUUCACUGCUGCCGCCGGUGCUGUCAACAUGGCCACUGCUGCUCUCUUCGGCGGUGCCCUCAUGGCUGUCUUCGGCAUCUAG